CCAGCACCGCCCCCGUUUCCGUCUCGGACUACAGUUCCCAGGCUGCUCUGCGCACACGCACAUUCUCAGGUAUUAAAGAUGGCUGACACAGCUGCAACUGCCGGAGCCGGUGGCUCAGGAGCGAGAUCAGGAAGCAAGCAGGCCACCACCCCUGCAGACAACUACUACCUGGCACGGAGACGAACCCUGCAGGUAGUUGUGAGUUCCUUGCUGACAGAGGCUGGGUUUGAAAGUGCUGAGAAAGCAUCGGUAGAAACAUUGACUGAGAUGUUACAAAGCUACCUUUCAGAAAUUGGGAGGAGUGCUAAGUCCUAUUGUGAGCACACGGCCAGGACACAGCCAACACUCUCAGACAUCGUGGUCACACUUGUUGAGAUGGGUUUCAAUGUGGACACUCUCCCUGCAUAUGCUAAACGGUCCCAGCGGAUGGUAAUCACUGCACCUCCAGUCACCAAUCAGCCUGUGACUCCCAAAGCCCUGACUGCUGGACAGAACAAGUCUCACCCACCUCAUAUCCCUAGCCAUUUUCCUGAAUUCCCCGAUCCCCACACCUACAUCAAAACACCGACCUAUCGCGAGCUCGUGUCAGAUUACCAGGUCCUUCGGGAAAAGGCCGCGUCACAGAGGCGGGAUGUGGAACGGGCACUUACUCGUUUUAUGGCCAAGACAGGCGAGACACAGAGUCUCUUCAAGGAUGAUGUCAGCACAUUUCCAUUGAUUGCUGCCCGGCCAUUUACCAUUCCCUACCUGACAGCCCUUCUCCCGUCUGAAUUGGAGAUGCAGCAGAUGGAGGAGACUGAUUCUUCCGAGCAAGAUGAGCAGACAGACACAGAGAACCUUCCUCUCCACAUCAGCACGGAUGAAUCUGGUGCAGAGAAGGAGAAUGCCUCUGUUCUACAGCAGAACACUUCCUUGUCAGGAAGCCGGACCGGGGAGGAGAAUAUUAUCGAUAACCCUUAUCUCCGGCCUGUAAAGAAGCCCAAGAUCCGUAGGAAGAAGUGAAUUUGAAGAGAAUGAGGGCAUUCCAUUCUGAGUGUGUCUUCUCUCCUGCUUGAUAGCAGAGAAGAAAUGAGUUAUUCACCAUUAAGUUUAGGCCUAGAAAGAAUCUCCCUGAGCUUAGUAGACAAGUUUCCUUGUUUCUUUCUUUCUGAACACCUAUUCUUUCACCUUGAGGUAUGUUAGAAUGAAGCUAUCUCAUCUUUUUGAGAUCGAUGACAUCUUUGUAACUAUGGGAUUAACCAUUCAGUGGAAAUAAUCGCUAGCAUUCAGUUGGCCAAAGUCCUCCCAUGACCUUUUGGGAUACACAGGACUUCUCUUCUGGUCCCUCUUUUCACAUGAGAGAAAAAACUUCUGAAUUGGAAAGGGAUACACAAAUCCAUUUCCAUUCCCAUUUAAAGAUACCCGGGAAGGAGAGGCCUAGGUGGACAGACAAACCAGGAUCUGAUAUUUUGUUGGGUGACUUUGGAGAAACAAAUGUAUAAUAAUGAUAUUUUGCUCAUUUUAUACACAGGAAGAUUUAGUGAUUUCAUUUCCUGUCAUAGGCUUUUAUUUCAGUUGAAACUUCUAGGCAACUAUAUUCCAGACAACCCUUUUAUUGGCUCACCAGCAGUUCUGUCUGGCAUUGGCCCCCAGGACAGAACCUCCUUCUGUGGCCUACAAAGCCCUGAGAACAUGCCCAGGCCAAAGAGGAAGCUCACUGGGUUGUUGGUUCAAUUACUUUUCUGCCUCGAGCCUGGCACACUCAAUGAGUCUUCCAUUCUUUUCCCAGGACAGAAAGUGAAGACUUGUUCUCUUCCCCUGUGAUCUCUGCCCCCCUGAAUGGGAGGUAGAUGCUUAACAUUUACUGAACUUCUGAGGAAGCUAUGACUAGAAUAUCCCAGGCUCUUUUUUGUUGACCAGAAAACAGGUUCUUAAAGAAAAUUCUAUGUAAGCUGCUAUAUAUAUUCUUGGCUAGACAUUAAUGCAAGGUGAGUUUAAAAAAAAAAGCCAAAUGAAAACUACUGGAAGGUUGGAAAUACUUUAAAUGAAAGACAAAUAAGGAAUCUCUUGUAAGAUAUUUUGCCAGAGUCCUGAAAUCUUUUUGGAUAGACAAUCUGAUAACUUUAUUCUCUCCUUCCCAGCCCAACCCUGCCUCUACACUUUCUUUCCCCAAUAAAUAAAACUCCUUGGCCUGAUAGUGCUACCCCAUGAACUUCCUGCCCAGCUAUUUUGAUGGAGAGAUGCUUUCUUAAGGGAAGAGAACUGUCUGUUUGGAAUUGAAGAGAAGCCUGCCAAUCCAAAUGUCUUAGGGGAGAAAAUGUCACACUCUGACCCCAGCUUUCCAGGCUUGUCUAUAGUUAGCUAAAGUUGCAAUACCUCUUCCACUGAGAACACUUGAAAACUAUUUUCACAGGCCAGUGGCCUUGGCUUUGUGAAUCUUGGGUUUUCAGCCCUUAGAGUGGUGUGGUGAGUUAUGGGAAUGUUCAUGUUUUGGAGGUGAGCACUGUAGACAAUGAUAGGACAGAAGCAUUUACAGCCCUUUUAUGCAGCUCCUCCCAUGAGCACUGCAGGAGCGGGGGAGGUCACUGUGUUGUGUGUGCAGUCUUGCUACUGUAAUUGCCCAUCACUGAUGCCAAAAACCCCCCCAAAAAAACAUUUACCAGCACCUACUUGGAGGAGGCACUUGUUAAAUACGGCUUCUUGUUACUUCUGCCAAGAAACCUGAGCCAUCGUUACUGAAAUACCACAUUCUGUGCUUUUCUGGGCAAAAUGGGUCCAUGUGAGAGUCUGGGGAGGGGCCAUUCACAUGUCACCCUGACAGGUUUGUUCGUGCAUCGUGUUCAUCCUGACUCUUUGCUGUUGUGUAAAAACUGUACAUACGACUAAACACUUAGUUACAAUUUUCUAUUUUUAAUAAUUUGAAUGAGUUUUUUUUUUUUGAAAGAAAAAAUGUGGCCAAAGCCAUAUGAAAACUGUUACUUGUAUGUGCAUAAUAAAAUCUGUGAUGUAGCUA